AUGUCGAUCACGACGCCACUCCUGGUGGAGCAGGACUUCUGCGACGACAUCGCAAGAGACUGCAACCAACUGACCGUGUCGACCAGCUCGUGCGAGACCGAGUUCAGCGUGACGACGGGCGACGCCUUUCAGAGCUGUAUGUGUAACGCCGACAUGCUCUACCUGGCAUCUCGGUGCGACAUUGAUGGGAGUGUCAGCUGCUUGCUUCAGACGCCAGUAUCCACCAUGCUCUACUCGUACAUGACGUGUCGUAAUGUUCAGGCCGUCACGACAAGCAUGCGCACUUCAUCGCCAACGACGUCAACCCCGACGGUGAUCAGCACGUAUAGUCCGGCUGCGCCGUCCCCAACAUCAUCUGGUGGAACGGUGGUCCCGUCGGCGUCCAGCGAAGGAAGAGGUGUGCCUCUUGCAGGGGAUCAUCCCGCGAAAUUGGCACUCAUAGUAGCGAUUGCCGUGCUGGCGACGUGA